AGAAGCGAGCGAAUCUACAAAUGGAUCUAAUUGUGGCGGGUACAAUUUUUGUAUCACCAAUAGUCAGGUUAUUAAUCGCCAAAGUGUCAACCUAUUGUUCCGUCGAUCUUGCUCUUGUUUGGAGUGUCAACGGUGAACUGAAAAGGCUUGCUCAAACAUUAAAACUAAUUGAAGUUGUAUUAGACGAUGCUGAGAAGCGGCAAGUAGAAAAUAAUCUGUUGGUGAAUUGGUUGGGAGAACUUAAGGAUGUGGCUUAUGAUGCUGAGGACAUAUUGGCCGAACUUCAGUAUAAACUUCUUCGAAAUAAAAUGAAAAAAAGAACAUAUGGAUUUGGUUUUAAGAUAGCAUAUAAAAUCAGAAGUGUCAAUACAAAGUUGGACGGAAUCACAAAUAAUAUGAAGAGAUUCAACUUUAUUAAUCAGUUGGGUAGUUCUGGUACGAACGGAAACAUACCAGAAACAUCUUCCAAUAUUAAUGAUCCAGCUGCUGUUGUGGGAAGGAUGGAUGAUAUAUCAAAAAUAUUAGAUUUAUUAAACCAAGAAAUUUUUUCUGUUGUUCGCAUCACAGGUAUGGGAGGGAUUGGCAAGACCACUCUUGCCCAACUGGUAUAUGCUAUUGCUGAUCAUUUUCAAAUCAAAAUGUGGGUUUCUGUGUCCCGAAAAUCAAACAUUGAGGAGAUCUUUCGGGACCUCUUAGGACCCAAUUUCGACCGCCAUUCAAGCUUGGAAGACAUUGUCGAUCGCCUGAAAGAGAGACUUAUGGUGGGGAAAUGCCUAAUAGUACUCGAUGAUGUGUGGAUGAAUCGUGACAUCAAUGUACAGGAGUUGUUGAAAGAUCUUUUGUCUAUGAGUUGCAAAGGAAGUAAAAUUCUUAUGACUACGCGAAGUACUGUGGCUAUUCCUCCGAUGACAGAUUGUCGAUACAUGAUCUACCAGUUACAAGGUUUACCUAAAUAUGAUUGUUGGUCUAUAAUUAAGAAAAUCGCAUUUGGACACGAUGGUGCAAGGGAAACAACAGAUCUAGUCAACAUAGGGAAGCAAAUUGCGAGCAAGUGUGGAGGUCUUCCUCUAGUUGCAAAGACUCUUGGAGGUUUGCUCUACUCUAAAAAAGACAAAGGGGAAUGGUUAUCUAUCUUGAACAGCCAAAUUUGGAAUCUGCCGACAGAACAAAAUAAGAUCAAUUCUUUAUUGAAGUUAAGUUAUGAUCAUUUAUCGCCACAUGUGAAACGAUGCUUUUCGCAGUGUUCGAUAUAUCCCAAGGGUCAUUAUUUCUUGAAGAAGGAACUAAUCCUACUAUGGAUGGCAGAAGGACUCCUCAGCCACUCAAACGCAUCGCCCGAAACUCUAGGUAACGAAUAUUUCAAAAUUUUGCUGCUCAACUCUUUUUUCCUGGAUGAGCAGAGAAACAAAUGGGGGGAUAUCAAGUUUUGCAGAAUGCAUGAUCUUGUGCACGAUCUUGCAAUAUCAAUUGCUGGGAAUGAUUCUCGGAUGGUGAAUGUAAGUAGUGAGAAUUUUAUAAAAGAUAAUGAUGCAAAUGUUAUUCAGCAACCUAAAUUUCGUCGCUUAGGCUUACAGUUCCUUGAUUAUGACGCAUGUGCAAUUCCCUCGGAGAUUUACACAGCCUCCAAAAAACUGCACACUUUAGUUUCUUUUGGUCGAGUGUUUAAUAGAUUUUAUUACGCUGAAGGUGUCUGGGCUAAGCAGAUCUCCAGCUUGAGUUUACUAAGGGUAUUAAAUCUAAGUCACGCAGGAAUUGAAGAGUUGCCUCAAUCAAUUUGCAAACUAAAGCAUCUUAGAUAUCUUGAUCUCUCACGUACUGGAAUCAGAACUUUCCCUUGUUCUUUCUGUCAGCUCUAUAGUUUGCAAACUUUGAGGCUAAAAGGAUGUAAUAUAAAAGAGCUUCCCCAGGACAUGGGACAACUAAUCAGUUUGGAACAUCUCAUAUUUAGUUAUAAGUAUCGAUAUAGAGGAAGUAAAAAUAGUCUAAUCAGUGCAAGAAUUGAGUUGUCUCAAAUGCCAAGAGAUGUAAGCAGUUUGGGUAAACUUAAGACACUAUCUUUAUUUAUAGUGGGAAUAGGCAAAGGUUAUGGUAUAGAAGAAUUGAAAGAUUUAAAUCUCCUUGGAGGUAAACUGAUUAUUGAAAAUUUGGGAAGCGUGACAGAUGCCACACAAGCAAACUUGAAGGGGGAGAAAGAUAUAAUACACUUACAACUGCGCUGGGAUUCACAGAGUCGUCUAUAUGAUGAUGAAGUUGCUGCCGAUGAUGAUGAUGAUGAUGGUUCUAGUAGUGAUAAAUGGCCUCCAACCUCACCCAAAUCUAAAAGAGUUAAAGGAUAUCUUAUUUCGCUGGUUCAAAGUUCCCUACAUGGAUGAUGAGUACUUCGGUGUAUCUUCCGAAUUUGGUAUAUAUCACUCUAGAGGAUUGUGGAAACUGUGAACAUCUUCCUGCACUUGGAAGAUUACAGUCUCUUAGAUAUCUUUAUAUGGAAGGAAUGAGAGCUAUCAAACAGAUUGGUUUUGAGUUCUACCGAAGUGAUGUAAAAGCCACGAGCAAUGAGGAAGCAUCAUUCCCUUCUUUGGUAGAGCUUCAUUUAUGCUAUUUCACUAAUUUAGAAGAAUGGUUAGAAGACCAGCGGUCAUCAACAUGUAGUUUCUCUUCCCUUGAAAUGUUGGAGAUAGUUGGCUGCGACAAAUUAUUAACCACACCUACAAGAUUUGCAUCUCUUAAAAAGUUAAGUUUUCCAAUUAGGCUGUCAGAAGUUUCUCUCAAGUCUCUACCUCUAAAACUGCUUCACGGGACCAACAAUGUUCUCCAGACCUUACAUGUCAGUUUUGCUGAUGAGUUUCUAGGCUUUCUUCCAGAUGAUGAGGAGCAUCAGCAUUAUCAACCAGAUGAUCUUUGUAACAACUUUCUCUCCGAGAUAGAAAUUUCACAUUGCCAUUCUUUAACGUCAUUGCCUGCAUUUAGGGGGCUGAAUGCUAUGACCUAUUUAAAGAUUGAGGAGUGUAGAAGUCUUCAAUCAUUGCCAGAUGGUAUACAAUACCUCCCGGCACUUCGGACGCUGACAAUUGGUGGGUUUUCCAGAGACUUAGUAUCUUUCCCAUUCCCAGAAGCCUCCGGAUCAGAUGGUGAACAAUACUUCGUUUCCCUCCGUGAAUUAAAGAUAUGCGGGUGGCCUACUCUUAGGGAUGUGUUGCCAGAACAACUUCAACUCAUUAGUUCAUUACAGUGUUUUACUAUAACAGGUUUUCCUUGUCUGUUGAGUUUGCCCGAGUGGUUUGGCGUAUUUUCUUCCCUUCAGACAUUGGACAUAUACAACUGCCAGGAGCUAAAGUAUCUUCCUUCUGCAGAACAGAUGCUGCGCCUGACCUCUCUGAAAAAGUUAAACAUUAGGUACUGCCCACUUCUGCAAAAACGAUGUCGUAAUGAAGAAUUGCAUAAGAUUGCACACCUCCCACAAGUAAACAACAGAAAUUGGUGAUCAGAAGUCGUGAAACCAUGCUUUUAUAGCAAAAUCGAGAAUUUACAUCAACAAUUGUGGAGUAUUCUCAGGUGUGUACAACAUUUUGAUGAAAACUUGUGCAACCAUUGGGUUGUAAAUAUUCUAUGGCCGGAUACCGAUUGUAGUUCUGCAACUUCCAUUUGUAGAUUGAUUUGCUACAAAGUCCGUGUAUUAACUAGUAACUAAAUUUGAGUUCAUUCCAUGUAAUUCAACAUACCAUCUUCCUUUUUCUGUUUUAAUACACAUCUACGGAAAUGCUGUACGUUGUCUUUGUGACCAACCGGUUCUAAUCAAUUGGCGACAUUGUUUUUCAGCAUGAGACUUGAAGACUCUACUCUAGUAAUUGACUUGAAUACAGGACUCGUUCAAUUUUAAGUUUAUGAUUCAACAUUUUCCAAAAUCCGAAUUCGUUUUACCAACAUCAGAGGACCGUGUCUGCCUUUUUACCAACAUCAGAGGACCGUGUCUCCAGCUUGGGCAGUAACAAUGGGUCCCUUUUCCUCUUUCUGUAAGCUGCAGCUACGAAGACUCUUCUAAAACUGGAACCUCAAUGAAUGAAUAAUGAUGAUUUGAUGCUGUUGCACACUACAUACUUUGGUACAGUUUCCGACAUCAAAGCUGCCAUCAUCGUCUGAUUUGAGAUAUCUGGGACUUGAGAUAAAAUGGACAACAAGUCUAGUAUCCAAAAAUAACGAAGAAUCUGAAAAAUGGGAAGCCGAAACUGUCACUAUAUGCAAACACCAUAAGAGAGGUUAAGCACAAAGGAACCUAAUGGAAAGACCCCAAAAUUACUUUAAAGAUUUUAAGACAAAAUCCCUACUAAACUUUUUAUUUUUCACAGUUGUACUAUCUCUAUUCACUUACCCUCACAAUAACAGGAAAGAGAAAGAAACAGAAGAGGUUACAAA